AACUCUACUUGACCCCGUCCAUCCCGCCUGUUUCUUUCUUCCCAUUCCUAUUUUUCGCAGGCCGACUACAUUUCAGCAGCUACUUUUCACCGGCUACUUCUCCAUUUCAGCAGCUCAGUGUCGCCGCCAUCGUCGCCGCCGCCUUUCUUCGUUUCAGUGCCGCCGCCCCCACUUUCCGCUCGUGCGGCUGUAGCCUCUCUCCUAGCGGUUUGCACUGCCAACAAUGGAUAUCGAUUCUGAUGUGGGUCAUAAAUCAUACGAUGAUACUGAGUGCAAGCCAAUGGAGUCUGAAGAUUCAAAUGAUAAGGGUAAAGCAAAAGAGGAGCUUGCUGAUUCAAUUAAGAACUUAAAUAUUGAAGAAUCAUCUGGGCAUGCAGGGUCUUCAGCCACAAACUUCAGGCGAAAACCAGUUAUUAUCAUUGUCAUAGGGAUGGCAGGGAGUGGGAAGACAACUUUGCUUCAUCGUCUGGUGUGCCACACACAUGCAUCAAAUAUCAGGGGUUAUGUAAUGAAUCUCGAUCCUGCUGUAAUGACACUACCUUUUGGUGCAAAUAUUGAUAUAAGAGAUACUGUGCGGUACAAAGAAGUGAUGAAACAAUUCAAUCUUGGGCCUAAUGGAGGAAUUUUAACGUCACUUAACUUGUUUGCCACCAAAUUUGAUGAGGUAAUUUCAGUGAUUGAAAAACGAGCAGAUCAGCUUGAUUAUGUCCUUGUCGAUACUCCUGGUCAGAUCGAGAUAUUCACGUGGUCUGCAUCUGGGGCCAUCAUUACUGAGGCUUUUGCUUCCACCUUUCCCACUGUAAUUGCUUAUGUUGUCGAUACACCUCGUUCAUCUAAUCCAGUCACAUUCAUGAGCAACAUGCUUUAUGCCUGUUCUAUCCUCUACAAGACAAGGUUGCCAGUUGUGUUGGUUUUUAAUAAGACCGAUGUGGCAAAACACGAGUUUGCUUUGGAGUGGAUGGAAGAUUUUGAAGCGUUUCAAGUUGCAGUCAGUUCUGAUAAAUCUUACACCUCCACACUAAGUCAUAGUCUUUCCCUUGUGCUGGAUGAGUUCUAUAAGAACUUGAAAUCUGUUGGAGUUUCUGCAGUUUCUGGCGCCGGAAUGGAUUCUUUCUUUAAAGCAAUCGAAUCCAGUGCCGAGGAGUACAUGGAAAACUACAAGGCAGAGCUUGACAAGAGAGUUGCCGAAAAGCAGCGGUUAGAGGAAGAGCGCCGACGGGAAAACAUGGAGAAGUUGAGGAGAGAUAUGGAGAGCUCCAAGGGACAAACCGUGGUUUUGAGCACCGGUUUGAAGGAUGACAAGAAUAAAACUAAGAUUGUUGACAAUGAUGAUGAAGAGAUUGAUGAAGAAGAUGAAGAUGAUGAUGAUUACGAAAGAUUUACCGAAGAGGAUGAUGCCAUCGAUGAGGAUGAAGAUGAAGAGGUUGCUAGAUUCUCCUUUUAGUAGUGAUACAGACAUGAUUGCAUAUAGGAGAAGUAAAAUGAAAUUGUGUAUAGGUUUUACGAAGGAACCGAGUCACCAUUCACUCCGAACACAAGAAUCUGCCAUUGUUUGUUCUGUGAUUUUCCAUUUUGAUGAUGGUCCUUGUCAUCUAUAGGAGUUUUGGUUUGAAAGCUGACUUUCCCAUGUCCUUGUAAUGUUGUACAUUUUGAUGGUUUAUGACUCCCUGUUUAUGAUGCCAAAUAUAAAAUCAAAAGUCGAGAAUUGGUGCUCCCUUUUAUUGGACC